CCACCCUCCACUCAUUACAAACCCUCUCCUCGUAUCAACUUAACAUAGUUCUGUCAAUUAGGGUUUUGUGUCCUCUUGAAACAAUGCCACUCAAACACUACAUUGCCCUCUUCCUUUCCCUCAACCUCCUCUUCUUCACCUUCUCCGCCUCGGCCGCACGUUCCAAUUGCCCUCCCUCCCCUCGAAAACAAUCCAAAAACCCUAACGCUCCUAACGGUCCGACCACUCCUAACGCUCCUAACGGCCCGACCACUCCCAACGCUCCGAACGUUCCUUCGGCAGGAGGGACAUGCCCUAGAGACGCGUUGAAGAUUGGGGUUUGUGUCGAUGCGCUGAAUCUGAUAAACGUGACGAUCGGGAGUCCACCGGUGCAGCCAUGUUGCAGCCUCAUCCAAGGCCUUGUCGAUCUUGAAGCCGCUCUCUGCCUCUGCACCGCCCUUCGAGCCACCAUCCUUGGCCUCACCAUUAACCUUCCCAUCAACCUUAGCCUGCUUCUCAACGUCUGCAGCCGACAGACGCCACGUGGAUUCCAAUGCCCUUGAAAUCUAUAUCUACACAGUCCUAUAUAUGUAUAUGUGUGUGUGUGGAUGCAUGCACGUUUAUAUACGUGAGAUAUUAUCUUCCGUUCUACUAAGUUUGUCGUGUGCUUUUGUUCCUUUUUUGGUUCUUUUGCUCUAAGUUGGUGAGGACGAUGAAGCAAAUUAAUAUAUGUCGUAAUGUACGUGCUUUCAUGCGACCGUAUUUGUACGUUUUGAUGAAUAAAAUAUCCGUGCAUGUAUUUUUUA